AUGUCAUGCCCGUAUAUCAAUUCCCAUUUCGAAAGCCUCGCCAAGCGACGGAAGACAGUCCGAAGGUCUGUGAAGAAGCAACCAAGUCCAUCGGUCGCUACGCGUGGCAUUGGAUGUGGCAGGAGGAAUGAACGGCAUCGAACUGUCCCCUCAGGCCGCACAGCAAAGUUGGCGUGGGAACCUCCACGAGGUAGUUGGGAACAUGAACCUUUCCAUAUCGACGGCUGCGAGGGAGAUAGCGCAGGAACCCUGAUGAUCUACAUUACCUGGCUUGGAGGUCACAAGACCAGGCAUAAAGUGGAUGUGCUCUGCAAAAAGUGCCCCCAGAAAGUAAGAAUGUCUUGA